GCGAAGCGAGCCAACGCCCCAGCCACCGCAGCCGCCCCCGCGAAGCGAGCCAACGUCUCCACCGCGCAGGGUCCAGCGGGUGCAGCCGCCAAGCCAGCCGCCCCCGCGAAGCGAGCCACCGUCCCCGCCCUCGCCAGGCCGCAGAGGAUCACGGCAACAACCAACCCCGUCGGGCCACCCAGGCGGCCCGUGGCCUGUCGCUCAGCCUCCACGACGGCCUCCACCGCGGCAAGGGCGGCCACGUCGGUGACCUCCACGGCGACGGCUGUGAAGGCAGGGAAGGCACGGACCUCCAAACCAGGCGCAACGCGGGCCUCGGCCUCGGUGGCCGCAGCCGUCCUCCCUGCGCCGACUUGUCCUGCAGAGCCGCGGGAAGGGGCCCUGGCGUCGGCCUCGCCCGACCAGCCCUCUGCGUCGGCCUCGUCGGACCAGCCCUCGACGUCGGCCUCGCCCGACCAGCCCUCUGCGUCGGCCUCGUCCGACCAGCCCUCGACGUCGGCCUCGCCCGACCAGCCCUCGACGUCGGCCUCGCCCGACCAGCCCUCGACGUCGGCCUCGUCGGACCAGCCCUCGACGUCGGCCUCGUCCGACCAGCCCUCGACGUCGGCCUCGCCCGACCAGCCCUCGACGUCGGCCUCGCCCGACCAGCCCUCUGCGUCGGCCUCGUCAGACCAGCCCUCUGCGUCGGCCUCGUCCGACCAGCCCUCGACGUCAGACCAGCCCUCGACGUCGGCCUCGUCAGACCAGCCCUCGACGUCGGCCUCGCCCGACCAGCCCUCGACGUCAGACCAGCCCUCGACGUCGGCCUCGUCCGACCAGCCCUCUGCGUCGGCCUCGUCAGACCAGCCCUCGACGUCGGCCUCGCCCGACCAGCCCUCUGCGUCGGCCUCGUCGGACCAGCCCUCUGCGUCGGCCUCGUCAGACCAGCCCUCUGCGUCGGCCUCGUCAGACCAGCCCUCUGCGUCGGCCUCGUCAGACCAGCCCUCUGCGUCGGCCUCGUCCGACCAGCCCUCUGCGUCGGCCUCGUCGGACCAGCCCUCUGCGUCGGCCUCGUCAGACCAGCCCUCUGCGUCGGCCUCGUCCGACCAGCCCUCGACGUCGGCGGCAGGGUGGGCCGCGGACCACGGUUUGUCGGGGAAGUCGGCUGCCCUGUUCGCGCUGUGGGUCGGCCCCGCCCCCAAGUGGCGCCGCAUGCCCGUGGACGGCACCAACGGCACGCUCUUGGAGCUCGAGGUGGAGCAGGUGGAAGGGGCGCUGAAGCAGGGUGACUUCCGCACCAACUUUCUGGGACGGAGCGACAAGGACGUGGACCACUUCGUGCGCACUGGACAGUGGCCAGACCCUCCAAUCCAACGAGCACUGCAAGUAGUGCCGUUCAAGUCUGUUGAUCACUACAUUAUGGUGUUACAACAAAGUGCCUUGUCGCAACUUUUAUGGGAAGCUAAAAGCUUUUUGCUUGACAGUGGAAGGCAUAUCAAUUCGAGGCUUCACCAAGCGCUGGCUGCCUUAGAAUUUGAGUGGCGGGGUACGAUUGCGGGGAGGCGUGUCAGCAAGGAGCCGUCCUGGCUCAGUACAUUCAAUAAGUUACCUGAUUUUAUGAGAGAAGUGAAGUAUAUUAUAGCAUAGUAAACCAAUUUGGAAAUUUUUAUCUCUUUUAGUUAAAUGUGUUUCUUUGUCGCUGGACUGUAAGUUUUUUAAGGAAUGUUAAGUUUUAGGUAUUAAAUGAAUUUUAUUCUGUCUUACGAA